CAGUCAGUGAAAGCCUCCAAGAAGGCUAACAGAAGUGAAAAGCAUGGUGACGCUGCACCGUGAAGCUCCAGAAACAUGACCUGCAUCGAGUAUUUAAUGAAAAGUGAAGCUGAGAGAAGGCUGCAGCUGAGCUGCGAUCCACACAGCAGAUAUUUCUCAGACGAUCGUGUGUGUGUGUGUGUGUGCGCGCGCGCGUGUGUGUGUGUGUAUGGCACUAUGUUGCUCCUCCUCGGCUGACUUUUCGAUUGAAGAGUGUAAAGACACAUCAACCGGAAACCAAACUUUUUUCUUCGACUUUUUUUUUUCUGAGGCAAAAGAGGAAAAGGAGACGACACUUGUUUUCAUGAGGCCCACACAGUUCCUCAUUUCGGUCAUAUACGUCUGCUGUUGGAAAUGUGUCAGCUGUCGGGAGAAGCGACCACUUUCUGCCGAGGGUAAAGAGACGUCGACGGAUUUCAUAACUCACGUAACGGAUUUUGGCUCUUUAUCAUGGAAGAUGGUGUGAAAGAGCCAAAGUUCCUGGAUCUGGCAGGUUGGGUGAAGAAGGCACCUGGCAGACUGUUGGCAAGCUAUAAGGACCGCUUUAUUCAUGUGGAAAAGACAGAGAUUGUAGUGUAUGAAAAUGAGGACCUCCAGAAGUGCGUAGAGAGAAUUGACCUGGAAAACUAUGACAGAUGUCAUGAACUAAAGAGCCCGUUCAAGAAGAGGCACAGACUGAUACUGAUUCGAUCAAUCAAGUCUAGAAAUAAGGUCACUGAUGUUAAGUUCCAGGCUCAAACAACAGAAGAGAAAGAAGCUUGGAUCAAAGCCUUUACUGAUGGCAUCAAUCGAGCAAAGAACAAAGUCUUUGAUGAGGUGAAGGUUGAUGAAAGCAGUAAUUUAGACCAUGUUACUCGAACAAGGCCUAAAGGGAACCGUAACCGGCGGCCACCAACAAGGAUACACAUGAAAGAGGUAGCUGUUAUGUCGUCUGAUGGUAUCCUGCAAUUGGAUCUUGAUCUGGAGGAUGCUGUAAUACCUAGUGGGACCCAUCAUGCCAAUAGUGAUGGUACUGAGACCCCUAAAGAAGCCGUCACAGUCCUAAUGCCGUUUUUGAAUGUCACUGAUGCUGAAGACAAACAGUCCGGGUCAAGUGCUGAGGAGAUUAAACAAGAGGAUAGUCCACAGAAAAACAUAAUCAAACCUCCAAUGCCCCCUACCAAAGACCCUAAACCCAGUUCAGUACCCGAGGAUGAACCUGAUAAGGAUGAUGCCUCAGAGAAAAGGGUUCUGAAGCCGCCUAUGCCUCCAUCUAAAGAGGCAAAGUCCUUCAUCACACCUAUUGAAGAGGCUACAGAGAAGAGCAACACUGAGAAGAUGUCUGAAAAGAGUCCUGAUGCAAGGAAAAAAACAGGUGCACCACCAACUCCACCCAACAAACCCAGCUCCGGAAGCCCCUUUAGCAGCCUCAAAGAACCAUCGCAAUCCAGACUAAACCCCAACCCUCCUACCCCCCCGUCAAAAGAGAAGAAGCCCUCCCAACCUGCUCCAGACCAAGAGGUCCAGGGCAAAGCAGAUGGGAAUAAGAAGAAGGAUGAGGACACUAGGAAGGAGACAACAGGAACCGCAAUGGAAACAGAUGAGGAUGGUCAUUCAAUUUUCGAAGAAGCUCUGGAGAACAUAAAAGGUGAUGUACAUCCUAGCACAGAAGAACAGGUUUACUCCCUUGAUGCUGAAGAAGCAUCAAUGGAGUAUGUAAGCAGUUAUUCUCCUCUUGAAACCACCAAGAACAAGCCAGAGGAACCUGCUCAGUCUGACACACAAGAUUCAAAAGAGAAGCCAACUAUAAGUCAGCCAAAAACAGGCCCAGAUACCUUUGACAGUUCUCUUCAAGCAGAAGAGCGCAUAAACAAGAAUCAAGUCCCCUCAAUUGUCUCUUCUGAUGAGCCACACACUGACAGCUUCAACUUGAGUCCACUGCUCUGUCACUUACCUGGGGAGAAGAAAAGGAAGGCAGAGGAAAAAUCUGUUGACAGCGGUCAGCACUCAGACAAUGACAGUGAAGGCUCUGGGAGUGAAGACACACUGGCGGCCACACCAGCUUUGUUGAGAGGGAACCAUGCUGGAUUGGAUGUGUUAGAUGCCAGGGAGGAUAUCAUUCAGAUAUCUGGACAACAUUCAUACAACAUACAGGAUAUAACCAAGCCUGAGGUUAAAUCAAAUGUCUUUCCUUUUCCACACUCAAAGCCCACAAUUCCUCUCAAACCCUCCACCAAGGUCAGGUCAGCUUCCAUUGGAGAUCUGCUGUCAGACUCUUCAGUCUGUGUUCAGGUGAGACAGCAUACCAUAGCUUUGGCUCAAAGUAACUCAUCUCCUACAGAGGAUGUCAUGAAACUUGAGACUGAAGUGGCUCUAGAAAUGGAAAAGACGGAUGAGCUCCUGAGCAGAAUGUCCCAGUUCAAGAACAAAGGUGACGGUGAGGGCAAGCCAGAGAAUCUGCUGGCCGAGGCCAUGGAGAAAUUAAGGAAAGCUGACCAUGUCCUCAGGGAGGUCAAAAAGCUGAAACUCGCGAAGAACUCAAUCUACAGAAAGAGCUGGUGAAUGACAGUCAUAGCAGAUUGACACUGACUUGACCAUUUGCUAAACCCCUCACCUGGAUAGUUAUUGUUUCUCUUGUAGCCUAGGAAAUUAAAAUAGGCACAGCAGCCCUGCUAAAUUUUGAAUCUCUUCACUUAUAGUUUUUAAUCUGGAAAGGCUAAGAAAAACAAACAUAAAAACAUGAGAUGUGUGCGAGGAACAGAUUUAACAGUGUCUGGUGUAAUUUUAAGUUUCAAUAAUCAGCAUGUACAGCUAACUAGGUUACUAACGACUGUAGCAGAAUGUUUUCAUUUUGUGUGUUUACAGGUUAAAAAAGGUCCUGUUCAUGACUAACUCAGGUUAGUCUGGAGCUCUGUCACUCAAUUUGUCAAAUUAGGGAAAUGUAUCUCUCCCACAUCCCCUGCUAAUUUCACCUGAGAUAGUAUUUAAUUUUUCCAAAUCCAUCCUAAAAGCCUGUUCCUUGUAAGCAACGGAGCCGGCCCUAGCCCCACCACCUCGGUACCGAUCUAAUGGCUAUGCUUGAGGAUAGUGCUUUGGUUGUUAAGGCUAUAAUGAAUCCAGAAUGACAGCGGCUCUUUUACCACAAACUCUCUUGUCGUAUUUGUGUGUGUCUUCUACCAAAUGGCACCGCUUUUUCAUCCUGAGAUGUUUAUUUUCUUUUAGUUUUUUCAUUUUUGCGUCUGUUGUGUAUUAGAAGCAUCAUCAAACCCUCCAACCGUCGUGGUCGAUCCAGCAGAGGAUCUCCUGCAAACUUUCUGUGGAAUUUCAUACUUGGGGGCCAGGCAGACAAAGUAUAUAGAAAGUGGAUUCACACAUACACCUCUUCCAGAUAAAAUGAUCUCCGGAGUUCAGUGCAACUGCAAGUUACAGAUACAAAAUUACUCAAUACUAAAUUUGACACUGUUAUCACUGUAAAUUGCAUAUGUUCUAUGUGAGUGGCAAGACUGCCUUUAGGAAUGUUAGCUAAAUGGUCCAGGGCUUAGUAAAUGGUUAAUUAAUGGACUUUUUUGAUGGCUCUUUUAAUGGUCAUGGCACAUGCAACAGUUUGCUGAUUAUUAACUAAGUGCAAUUAUUUCUAGCUUACCUUUCUGUGCAGCUGAGCAAAGUGCUUAAUUUUCGACUGUAUUGUUUAUUUUUUCUAUGUGAAUAUCAGACAUUUACAAUAAUACUUACUUGAAAGCUUAUAUGAGAAUUACAUAACGACAGUAACAACAUUUAGAACUAAAAAGUACUAAAACAUGUUAAAACCAAAUUACAAAACUGUUGAUACUUUGAAUAGGGAAUUUAUACUGUAAAUAUGUUCACUAUAGCACAUGCUGUUUGUUGAGAAAGAAAUGUACCAACGAAACCCUUUUUAAAUUUGUUUAUUCUACUCUUUUAAAUGUAUCUUUUCAUUCUAAUGACAUGAUUACGGCAAUGAUUUGAUCAAAGCACUGCAUUCUACAUAGAUUACAAGAUGUAAUGGUUGUUUUAACCCUUUUUAAAAUAAUGUCAUGCCUUAAAUGGCCAGAAUAUUUUUUAACAUUUGAUAUCAUUUUGUACUCUUGGAUAAAAAUGUAUGUCUCUUAAAUAAAGAAAGGGAAACUAUA